AUGGCUUCCAGCUUUAAGAAGCUAAGUGUGGCCUCUACCAGUCAGAAAAAAAAGGUGGGUCCUAAGCCUGAACUCACUGAAGAUCAGAAGCAAGAAGUUCGUGAAGCAUUCGACCUCUUCGAUGCCGAUGGAAGUGGCACCAUCGACGUGAAGGAGCUGAAGGUGGCUAUGAGAGCGCUGGGCUUUGAGCCCAGGAAGGACGAGAUGAAGAAGAUGAUCUCCGAGGUGGACAAGGAAGGCACAGGGAAAAUCAGCUUCAAUGACUUCUUGGCUGUGAUGACUCAAAAGAUGGCCGAGAAAGAUACCAAAGAAGAAAUUCUGAAGGCUUUCAGGCUCUUUGAUGAUGAUGAAACUGGGAAGAUCUCUUUCAAAAACCUAAAGCGUGUAGCUAAUGAGUUGGGGGAAAACCUUACUGAUGAAGAACUACAGGAAAUGAUCGAUGAAGCAGAUCGGGACGGAGACGGUGAAGUAAACGAGGAAGAGUUUCUUCGCAUCAUGAAAAAGACUGACCUCUAUUAA